CUAUUGUUGUAAGAUGUUAUGAUGGUCGAACCAAGUUUCUGCUGGAAACAGUACAAGAUGCAGUUGAAUAUUAUAGAACCCAUGGUGGUGAGGAUAUUCCUGUAAUGGCAAUCAAUGACGAUGUAGCUAAAUUAUACAUGUUGUCUCAACGCGGUAAACGGGAAUUUCCUGAAUAUAAUGAUGUGGUGAGGUAUUGUAUAUCAUUGGCUAGAAUGUUGCAGUGUCCAAUUAGCGAAUAUGCUGCGCUUGAAGAUAAGAUAGCAUCAAUUGUAUACAACCCAUUACAAAAGUUGUUACCCCGGGAAAAACUUCUUGAAUGUCUACAUCGUGCAUUCAUUAAUAUCGUAAACGAAAUUGGGGUUAGUAUUAAUGACGUCAUACAUACGCAUAAUAAAUUGGAUCUUCUCCAGUAUGUGAGUGGGUUAGGACCUCGCAAAGCAGAAGUCUUAGUUAAAAAGAUCUUAUCUGAGAGUAACUUAGAAUUAGAAAGAAGAGAGGAAAUGCAAACUAAUGGUUCAAUGGGAAAUAAAGUGUUUACAAAUUGUGCGGGUUUUAUUCGAGUUCGUCCGAAACGAGUUGGAUCAUUCGAUGAUACUAGAAUACACCCGACGUAUUACAUUUUGGCACGUAAAAUGGUCUGCGAUGCUCUUGAUUUAGAAGAUGAUGAGGCCGAAGAGGAAUUGUAUCAUACCAACAAUCGCCGA